AGUUGUUUACUAUUACUGUAAUAACACAACAAUAAUAUUGAUAUGAUUUUUGUUGACAUUGUUUUGCAAUUGUUUAGAAACCACCGAUUGAUUCAGUGAUCACAUCAUCGGUGUUAAGACAUCAUUUGGAUGUGAUAUUCAAUGUGAACGACAACAACAACAACAUCAGCGAAGAUGACAACAACAACAACAACGAUGAAGACAUUGUCCAUUAAAUUAUCGGAUAUUUGGACCGAUUGUCAAAAAGAGUUGAUUGAUAUGAGACGCGAAAAUAAUUUAUUAAAAUCAUUGCUAAAGACAUCGGAUAUGAUCGGGAAAUAUCUGGAAAAAUGUAACGAAACAUUGGUAGCCAUUAUCGAGUUAUGUCAGUUGGAUGCCGACGGCAACAAAAAGAUUGGCCAAUUGAUUGCGUCGGUUAAAGAACUGGAAUCAAGUGUCGAUCGGGAAAAGGAAAACAUGCGAACAAUUGUGAAGAAUGGUCGACAACAACGAGUUGGCGAAGACAGCGACCAAACACUAGUGAAACUGAUUCACAACUGGAGUCACAAUAUUAGACAAUCGAAGACCCGGCCAGUGGUUACCUAUGAUAAGUCGUGUCAAACGGUUGGCAACAACAACCAAGUCGUUGUUGUUGAAGAAAUUGAUGAAAAACCGAUUGUGACGAAUAUUUUUGGAACAAUUGAUGACAAUAUUAUGAGUGAUACUAAAGACUUUAUGUUAGCUGAUGGCCAAAAACAUGACGCCGACGAAGAUAUGAGUUGCGAUGACUUUGACGGCUGCGCCGGUAAUGAUGGCAUAGAUAGUGAUGAUUCCGAAAGAGAUCGUGACUUCAAAGCCGAAGUUGACAGCAAUUUUGACGACGAUUCAGACGACAGUGACUUUGAGUGGUCGUCUAAGAAGACUAGAAAAAGAAGUAAACAAAAGAAGUCAAAGAAGCCACACAAAGAGCUAUCGCAGCGAUCUAUUAGACAAAUGCAACGCGAGAACCAAUUGGUGAUGCCGUUGAAAGUCGGCGAUCAUUACGUAUGCGAUCAAAUUGGCUGCGACUUCAAUACUGGAGUCAAACGUCAAAUGUAUCGCCAUUUGAUGGAACAUAAGGCAGACGCCAAUCCGUUUGACGAACAACGACAACAAGAGUUGGCUCGUAUUCGGGAAUUGGUAGCCGAAUAUAAAGUGGACAAUAUGUUUGUUUGUCGCGAAACUAACUGUCCGUUUACUACGCAUAAGUCGACUAUUUUCUAUCGUCAUCUUCGGCGACAUCAAUCCCGAACAUACACUUCAUCGCGUAUUUUGCGUCACUUUGUUGUCGACGACGACAAAUAUGUCUGUCCGCGUGAAAACUGUCAGUACAGUUGUCCACUCGAGGAACGGGAAGUAUUCUACGAACAUCACAAACAACACGAACUUACGGGCGAACCGAUUGCCACCGAUAACCCGGAGCGGCCAUUCGGUUGCGAUCAAUGCGGUUCGACAUUUACCGACAAAUAUGACGCCGUUCGGCACAAACGUAAUGUUCAUCCGCAGGCACUGUAUGUUUGCAGCCAUCGGGACUGUACGGCUAAGUUGAAGUCAUUUAAGUCGUUUAUACGACACAAAGAUAGCGUACACACAAACGUGAAGACAGAGCGGAAGAUGACUACCGGUACUAACAAAUUGCCGGCUCGUAAACAUAUCGAUCGGAUUUGUCAGUUAUUUCUGGCGGACGACAACAGCAGUUAUGUUUGCUAUCGAGAAAAUUGUCAGUUUAGUUGUCCACUGGAUGAUAGAAAUGUCUUAUACUCGCAUCACUGCCAACACGACCAGACCGAUGAACCGAUUAUGUCCACCGAUAGCCAUACAUCAGUGAAUCAGUACGCGUGCACUGUUUGCGCCAUGAGUUUCAAAGACCGUUAUCGAUGUUUGCGACACCAAAUCAAUACGCAUCCGAAAUCGUUGUUUGUCUGUCCGCAGGCCGACUGUGGCGCACGAAUCAAAUCGUUCGGACUGUUCGAACGACACAGAGAUCAAGUUCAUCGUCAGAUACAGAACUACGGGUGCGAUUGGCCGGGUUGUGACUACCGAUCGUUUACUAAGCACGCCGUCGAUCAACACUACAAAAUAAUACAUUCGGAGGUCAAGGAGCUGUCGUGCGAUUGGCCGGGUUGUCAGUAUAGGUGCCAUUUGCGCUAUCAGCUGGUAUCGCACAUACGUACCCAUACACGCGAAAAACCGUUUGCCUGCCAUUGGCCGGGCUGUUCGUUUCGUAGCGGUCAUCAUUGUUCACUAACCGUACAUAUGCGCCGACAUACCGGUGACAAGCCGUACGAGUGCUCGGAUAAUGGUUGUGGCAAACGAUUUGCGUCGUUGUCCGGUCUGUACAUACAUCGCAAACAGCAUCUAUCAUCKGGUCGUCGAAAAAUAGGUCCCAAACCGAUGAAGUUAUCGGACAUUGGAAAUCACCGAUUGAUUCAAGUGAUCACAUCAUCGGUUAAGACAUCAUUUAGAUAUGAUAUUCAUGUGAACAACAACAUCAGUGUGAAGAUGACAACAACAACAACGAUGAAGACAUUAUCAAUCAAAUUGACCGAUAUUUGGACCGAUUGUCAGAAACAGUUGAUUGAUAUGAGACGGGAAAACAAUUCGCUGAAGACGUGUCUGAAGACGUCGGAACAGAUACGAGAAUAUCUGGAGAAAUGUAACGAAACUCUAUUAGCAAUCAUCGAGUUGUGCCAAAUCAAUGCCGACGGUAACGAACGUAUGUCCGAAUUGAUCGGUUUAGUCAAAGAUAUGGAUCAAAGUAUUGAACAAGAAAAAGAAAAUCUACGGACACUUAUGGACGACAGUGAUUAUCGGCGACCCGAUAUCGCCGACACUGACGACGACAAGACACUUGUGUCGCUGAUCCACGAAUGGAAUCUUAACAUUAGACAAGCGAAGACCUGGUCAGUGGCCACUUAUGAUAAGUCCAGUCAAACAGUUGGCCAGAAAACUGGUAAACAAAUUGUUGCCAAACGGACACAAAACACAAAAGUUUUGAAACAAAGUCUUGACUUUAUGUUAACCGAUGGCCAAAAUCUGGUGAACGACACCGCCGUUAUGGGUGAAGAUUAUAUGAGUGGCGGCGAUGAUGACUAUGACGUCUUUGACGAUGGCAUACAAAGUGACGAUUCCGAGCAAAUAGACAACAAUGUCAACAACAAUAACGCCAACAAUAAAAGCAAUAUUAAAUGGAUGUCGAAGAAGAUUAAUAAAAUAAAAUAUAAGCCAAAAAAGUCGGUCAAAGAACAGUUGAUUGCAAGAUCUGUUAAACGUAUACAACAAUUGAACCAAUGGGUGAUGCCGUUGAAAGUUGACGAUCGCUACGUUUGCGAUCAAAUUGGCUGCGAGUUUACCACUGGAGUCAAACGUAAAAUGUAUAGCCAUUUGAUGGCCGAACACAAGUCAUCAAUAAUGCCUGACAACAGUGACAAUCCGUUUGACGAACAGCGACAACAAGAGUCGCAACGUAUUCGUGAAUUGGUAGCCGACUAUCGGGUGGACAACCAGUAUGUCUGCCGCGAAGACGAUUGUUCGUACAUUUCGCGAAAGGCCCAGAAUUUCUACAGACAUCUUCGCCGACAUCAGACUGGUUCGGCCACAUACAAGACUGACGAACAAAUUGAUCGUACUUUGCAGCACUUCCUGGUCGACGACGACAAAUAUGUUUGUCCGCGUGAGGACUGCCAGUAUUUGUGUUCACUGGAGGAACGGGAUGUCUUCUACGAACAUCAUAAACAACACGACCGGCUCUCAAGCGAACCGGUACGCACUGGUAAUCCUGACAGACCGUUCGGGUGCGAUGAAUGCGGUCUACCAUUCGUACGGAAACAUCACGUCGAACGUCACAAACGCGAAGUUCAUUCAAAAGUAAUGUUCAUCUGUAACGAACCAAACUGUUCCGUUAAGCUGAAGAAUUUGAAAUGUUUUAUCCAACACAAAGAGAACGUUCACUUGAGACUAUCGUCGUCAUCGAUGGCGACGAAGAAUACAGUAAACAAGAAUAAGAAGAAGUUGUUGAAUAAGACAACGAAUAAUGAUGGAACCAAUAGUAGUGACAAUAAUAAUAAUAAUAAUGAAAAACUUACGGCUGAACAGCAUAUCGACAAAAUCUGUCAGUUAUUCCUUGUCGGCGUCAACUAUGUCUGUCAUCGCGAGAAUUGUCAGUUUAGUUGUCCGCUGGAAGACAGGAAUAUCUUCUACGCUCAUCACAAACAACACGAACAAGUGGUCAACAAUCCCGUGCCAACCGAUAAUCCUAAUCGUCCGUUUGGUUGCGACGAAUGCGGUUUGCCGUUCAGCCGUCGGGAUCACGUUCUGCGACACAAACGCGAAGUUCAUUCCAAGUCGAUGUUUGUCUGCCGAUUUGAAUCCGGUUGUGGCCUAAAGCUGAAGAAUUUGAAAUGUUUUAUCCAACACAUGGAAAACAUUCACUUUAAGCUGAAGAAAGAGAUGUCAACCACCGAUGGAUCAGGUGAUCAAUCAAUGUCUAAAUUACCGAAUCCUAAACAAAUCGAUAGGAUCUGCGAUAUGUUUCUGGUGGACAACACUAGAUUUGUUUGCCAUCGCGAGAAUUGUCAGUUUAGUUGUUCACUGGAUGAACGAAAUAUCUUCUAUGUUCAUCAUUGUCAACACGAUCAGACCGAUGAACCAAUUGCUACCACUGCCACUUCCAUCGAUGGCAUAGUCAGACAGUAUGCAUGCUUUUUUUGCGCCGCUAUCUUCCGUAAACGUCAUCUAUGUCUCAACCAUCAGAUCAAUACACAUCCGAAAUCGUGGUACGUUUGCCGACUGGACAACUGCGGCGUACGAAUCAAAUCGUUGGCCAUGUUUGAAUUGCACCGGGAUAAGAUACACCAUCAGGUCCAGCAAUACGGUUGCGAGUGGCCCGGCUGUGACUACAGGGCCUAUACGAAAAAGGCGGUCAACAAUCACAAAACGAUACAUCAGGCGGUGAAAAAGUUGGCCUGCGAUUGGCCGGGGUGUCAGUAUCGGGCAAACUGUCGCCGACGUAUGGAAACUCAUAUACGUACCCAUACGGGCGAAAAACCGUACGCUUGCCAUUGGCCCGGCUGUUCGUUUAGUACCAGUACUAAGUAUUCGCUUACCGUACAUAUGCGCCGCCAUACUGGCGAACAGCCGUACGAAUGCGAUCACGGAUGCGGUAAACGAUUUGGUACACUAAAGUGUCUGUAUAUUCAUCGCAAACAUCACCUAAUGGGUCGGAUUUGAAACGGUUGACAAUUCAACUGAUUGAUUGGAAGUGAUUGUUGUCUUAGACAACAACAACAAUAACAAAAUUAUCGGAAAAAAUGAUGAAUUUUUUUUAGGUCUAUUUAUUUGUUUGUUUAAAAUUUUCUGUUAUUAUUUAUUAUUUUUUUAUUAAGUAUGUAUUUGUAAUAAUAUAAUUUAUAUA